GCAGCAUGAAAUUCAACUUUAAUGGCGACUUUAUUUUCACAGACGUCGGCGAAAUUCUAUCCUGUUCCGAAUCAUGGAUCCGCUUCAACUUGGCACGUCAGGAAGAGCACAAAAACGACGUAGUGAGCAAAAGCGCACAUUGCAGGAAAUCGCGCUACAAUUUAUUGACCGUGACGGAAACAGUGGUUCGUGCCGCAUUGACCCGAAAAGUGGUUGUACCUACGUUCAGGUAACAUGCGAUAUCGGCAACUUCGUGCGGCAUUUCCGGACGCAGCACGCUGAUGCUGCCAGAAGAAACGGACUUUUCAAGGAGCAGGAUACUGUCGCCAAGAAACCCAGAACGAUCGCGAAGCGCCUUAUCGCGAUUGAUAAGCGUUUGCUGUUUGAAUCACUGGCAAAAUUGGUGUGCUAUCAUAAUCUCCCUCUCUCAUGCAUCGAGUGGGAGGGGUUGAAGCAACUAAUCGACCCAAUUGCAGUUGCAGUAGGCGUCUCAUUGAAUCGGAAUAAAAAUAAGGCAUUCAUACAUGCCAUAGCCAACCGGAUUCGUACGGCACUAUCCAGUGAAAUGAAGCAUAAGUUGCUUUCUCUGAAAGUCGACUCCGCGUCUCGAUACCACCGACAUGUCCUUGGAAUUAAUGUUCAAUUUGUUCUGGAUGGGAAAUUUGUGAUUAGAACAUUAGGCAUGGUGGAAAUCAGAGAACGUCAAACGGCUGCUUUCCUCAAGACGAAGAUCCUGGAUGUGCUGCAGUCAUAUGGUGUCUCCCUAGAUCAAAUUUUCUCCGUAACUGUUGAUAAUGAAGUAACCUCAAAAAUCUGGGAGUUCAUCGAACACUAUGUGCAAGCCUUCGAGCCCUUGGACAUCUGCACUAAGAAACUGCAGGAGCGUCAUGUUUCGUUGUCUGACUUCUACAUAGCGUGGCUGAAGACAAUCAACGCAGUGCGGAAUAUGUUUUCCAAUCCGUUCGCGCAGAAAUUGACCAAAGCCUUAACCGAUCGUUUGAUUAAAUUGAAGAUGUCACAAGCAUUCCAGAUGGCCCUUUAUAUGGAUCCUCGUUUGAAUUACCUGAAUUCAAAAUUAUUCAACGAUGAGGAGAAGCUGCAUGUUCAGGCAUGCAUUAAGGACACAUGGAACAGGAUUCGCAAAUUGCAACCAUCAUCUGGUCCUGGAAUAUCGACCGAAAAGAAUGCCAACGUCAACUCACAAUUCGACGAUUUCGUAACAGAGCUCUAUGGAGGCACUCUAUCGAAAACCGAUAAUGAGGCAACUGAUUCAUCAUUUGCUCAACAACUAAAGGCAUUAGAUGCUGAACCUCGCCAAGACCAUACGUACGACGUUUUUAAACAUUGGCUAAAGCGUAGGGAGACUCAUCCUGAGCUCUUUGAGGUUGCCAUGGUUGUUUUGGCGACACCGUCAAAUCAAGUUUCCGUCGAGCGAGCCUUUAGCGCACUUGCUCUAAUCCUGACGUCCCAUAGGGUUGGAUUGGGACCAGAUGCGCUAGAAGACAUUCUGAUUAUAAAGCUUAAUCGAGACAUUUUUGAAAAGGAGACUGAUUCAAUCGAUUGGGAUGAUAUAGUCAAUAAUAUUUAUUCUUAAGCUUUCAACGAGAUUAUGCUUAGCAUUACCAAAAUUGUCAUAUAAGAGUAAAAGUAUCGAACCAUUUUUAAUUUGUUAUUUGUUAAACAUGUUGAAUUGUUCAUUAUGGAAUGUUAUAAACAUUCAUAAAAUUACAUGGAUUGUAUUAUUUAAAACAAUGAAUAUCAUAUCUGAUGUAGCCUUUAUUUCUAGUCUUCUAUAUUCACCGCAUAUAGUAAUUCGUCAAUUGUUGAACGG